CGCCUAUAUAAAUCUCGUCUUCUCAUUCAGAAAACAUCUUUUUGUUGUCUUUGUCUCAGGAAAAUGGAUUCUCUCGGUCUCCAGCCUUACUGCCGCAAGGAGAAAUCUCUCGGAGUUCUAGUCUCCAAUUUCCUGAGACUGUAUAAUCGCGACGUUGGUGAUUUGAUUGGGCUCGAUGAAGCCGCCGGAUAUUUAGGAGUUGAACGUCGGCGUAUAUAUGAUGUGGUCAACAUACUUGAGAGUAUUGGGCUUGUUGCGAGAAGAGGGAAGAAUCAGUAUUCGUGGAGAGGUUUUGGAGAAGUUCCUCGUGCUCUCACUGAACUCAAAAGGCAAGGAAUGGGAGAGAAGUUUGGGAUCAUCCCUUAUGUGACCAAAUCUGAGAUGGUCUUGUAUGAGAAAGAAAGAGAAGAAUCUCUCGAGUUCACUCCUGAGGAUCAAGAGAACUCACCAUCCCCUAAACUUGACAGCAAGAAGGAGAGAUCUCUCUGGCACCUUUCACAGAACUUUGUGAAGCUUUUCUUAUGCUCUGAUGAUGAUCUAAUAACUCUCGAUGAGGCUACAAAAGCAUUGCUGCAUGACUCACAGGACCCCUUGAAUAUGAGAACUAAAGUUAGACGCCUUUACGACAUUGCAAAUGUGUUUUCCUCAAUGAAUCUGAUUGAGAAGACUCAUACUCCAGAGAAGAAGACAGCAUAUAGGUGGUUGGGAGCCAGAGCCAUAUCUGUAAACAGAUUCCUUACCGCUUCUGCAAGCUUAUGUGAUCGUAGUGAGCCUAAGAAGCGAGCGUUUGGGACUGAACUGACAAACUUUAACGCAAAGAGAAACAAAGCGGAGUGUUCUAAAGACAGGAAGCAUUACGGGAAUCAAAACACAAGCAGUGUUAUCAAGGAAGAACCAUAUGACGAGAACCCUGACGUGAAGAACUUUGCCUUUGGAUCAUCCACUCCCGCAGGUACUUCUGGGAUGAACAACAUAGGGAACAACAUUAGGCUAAGACUUGGAUUUAUCGAGACCAUUUCUUCUCUGUACCAACCGCAGUACUGCAAUCCUGCGUUGUUUGGUCUUCUUGCGCAUUACAAAGAGACUUUUGAGGCAUGCCAAGAAGAGUUUCGUCGGAAAUGACUUAAUAAGGUAAAUAAACUUGCGGCGUUACUUCAGUACUCUGAUCAAAAGCCAAAAUUUAGUGCUCUUUUGCGUUAAAAACUACAGGAAAAAAACUCGUACAGUUGAGAUUAUUUUUACUUGCAAAUCAGAGCGUUAUCUUUUUGGUUUUUGUAGAAUAUUUUACAAAAAUAACUUUAAAGUAGCUGACCGUUUAGUUUUCUAGCGUUACUUAUUUGUUGCUAAUUUAUGGAAAACCAAUUGUGUAAUCCAUUUUAUACAAUUGCUCAAAACAGUUUUCGUCUUUUCGAUGCUA